CAGUGCUACGUCAGAAGACAGAGCUCAAGGAUGAUCCGAUUCCGAAUGCUCCCGGUGUUUGCGAUUGUUUUAAACGUUAUGUUAGCUCAAUUAUCUUACCAGGCGAGUGAUGACAAUACAUUCGCCUUAUUUCGACAGAAGAGGUACCAUUUCAGCACUUCCUUCAAGUUGAAUUGGUUUAAAGCAAUGCAAUACUGCAGAACACGCGGAAUGUUUUUGCUUUCGGUGCGUAAUCCGCAGGAGCGGGAAGCAAUCAUCGAGUACCUGUACGGUACAGGCUACAUCAAAACGCACCAAUCUUUAAUGAUUUGGACAUCAGCAAACGAUCUCGGUGAGGAAGGGGAAUUCUAUUGGUCAACGACUGGUGAACAUGUAACGUACUCGAACUGGAGCCCUGGCGAGUCAAACAAUGCCGAAUUUGACGACUGCACUAACGAGAACUGUGCUGUCCUUGAGUACUGGGCACAUCGUGGGGCCGCUUAUAACUAUACCUUCGACGAUCGCUCCUGCAAGUAUGAAUACCACUUUAUCUGUGAGACUCUGUCAGAGUAGGCGAUGGUGUAAGCCUCUUGGAAAGAUUCACCGAAAUUUGUUUUUAAUAAAAUAAAAUCCCAGUGAUUGAGGCUGAGUUAAAACGAA